CGCCGAGAGCCGCCGAGAAUCGUGCACGGCGUGCGGAGUCACACGCAUGGAGACGCGCGAAUGCGCCGAAUCAGUUGCGUGCGGAAAGUGUGCGUGUUCGGCGUGCUGGUGGAGUACUAGAUGGGAAUGUUUCAAAUGUGACCAGUACUCGUUUUACCGUUCUCGGGAGAUCAAAAGAACAAAUUUGAACAUAAAAAGAUGAAAAGAUGGAUUAUCAAUAAUUUUUCAAUCGUACACCGAAAAAACAACACAACCCCCUUUUCAUGUACCGCUUGGGUCGUGUAGCGAUACAAAAAGAACAGACUAUUUAUAUCCGAACAAAGAGCAUUGUGCUCCAACAAGCAUCGCAAGCAUCUCACAUCAUCAAUAUCGUCGCCUACUAUCUUAGCAUGGAGGCAUACGCGACAACACCUCUAUUUAUGUGGCGCGAUGCAGCGGGACAAAAAUAAAUUGCCCGCCACUGCUCAGCGGGAGGUUCGGGUCUGGGCACGGUUGGGAUCCGGACCAUCGGAGCAUUAAACUAAAAAAUCAGUUCCUCCAUCAGAACGGCUACACCCGGCCGAGGGCAGGUUCAUUUAGUGUCAAGUGCUAACCGUGUACGGACAUGGUCGGGAUGAACGACCGGUGUAUCUAGGUGGGAAGCGCGAUUCUCGUUGCAGUCUUACGUCGGGGUCUCUUGGUUCAUCCCAAGCUCAGCGGGAUAGGAUGAUGCAAUUGCAGCAACCGGGGCUGGUAGCGGAUUGUGUGCAGUUUUUAAAAUCCGUUAAACGCUAUCUGUGUGAAGAGUGCGAGGGUCCAACGGCGGAUGAUGCAACCCGGAACACCGACGAGCUAGCCGAUGAGGAGACGUAUUUGAAUGUGUUGCAAAGCAAACGGUCACUUCCCGGUGUACGGGCCCGAUUGAUAGCGGAGUGUGACGAUUUGUUGGAACGGUUGGAAACCGGUGCCGUAAGUACGCCGAGUUUGGUUGAACUGAAACAUGUGAAAGAGGCGGAUGACGCUUACGAAAAGCCACUAAAUGAUGAGGAGGAUGAUUCGUACAUUGAUAUGAGUGGAGCGAACACUCUGAAAGCAGCAAACACUAGCUCGUCCAAUGUUAGUAUGGUCGAGCUAAAGGACGACCUAACCGCAGAUCCCGAUGAACCAAACGAAGACGAAACAGACGAGGUACCGUUCGGCCAGGUAGAAGAAAACUCGUACGACCUCACCACCGAUCAGAUCCUGUACGACGAGUGCAUGCAGGAGGUUGGCCACGAAGGACAGGAAGUCCUCGCUUCUACACCAACUCCUCGCACACCGACGCCGGAAAAUGCAGCGUCCGAUAGCCAGUGCCCGUACGGGGGGCUUCCGGCAUCGCAUCUGCGCCUGCAGCAGUCACCCAAGCACGGCACACUGUUCAAGCAGGAGAAGCGGCUGUUUUUCGACCAGUUCAAGAAGUACUACGUGGGGCUGAUCGGCAAGUGGCUGCUGGUGUACGGCAGCCACAACGAUCUGAAGCCGCUGCAGACGAUCUACAUCAAGUGCAUCAAGCUGGACCUGAGCCUGAACGAGCAGAUCAACGAGAAGCACCUGUUCCAGAUCAUUACACAAACCGACUCGAAGGUACACUUCCUGUCGCCCAGCUUCCAAGACCUGAACGAAUGGAUCGUUGCGAUCGAGAAUAAUCUGAUCGAACGGGUGGCUGAUCGGCCGGUGGAGGAAUGCGCCGCCUUGCAAGCGUGCCGUAAACUACCCUUACCACCCUGUCCCGUGCCAGUGGGCGACGGGAAGGAUGAGCCGGAUCAGCGUGCGGCGAACCAGGUGGAGGAUGGAAUUUACGAGGAACCAUCGUUGUGUCUCCAGACGGAAGCCAUCGCGAAGGCUAAGGCGCACGGUUACGAUACACCCAAGCCGUGCUGCGGCAAGGUGGCAGAGAAUGUGCCCGUUGGUACCAAAGGUGGAGUUUGCAGUAAAGAAAGUGUAAGUAACUCACCUGCAAGCAGUAAAAAGCCUGAUUUGCCAGCGAAAAGUCCCGACACGGCUGGAGGAACAACUGCUGCACCCACGCCCGUGAAGAGUUGGCUCAGGAAUCGUUUCAACCGAUCGGCCCCGGAACCGGGGGAGGUGAAGCUGUCCAAGAAAGCGCUGAAAAAGCUAUCGUUUGAAGAGCUGCCCACGUCGGAGGGUAGCGCCGGCAGUGUCGAGCCGAAGUCGCCUUCGAAGUCGCCAGUGCAGCCGGCGCCGCCUUCGCCCAAAUUCACCAUCACCACUACGCCCACCAGCAAGGGUACGAAAAUAAACAUGAUCAUUAGUCAGCUGGAGGCGAACGGGCAGCUGAACCUGCUUUCCAAACGGCUGAACGACACGACCAAACGGUACACGUGGGUAACGGACGGUGUCACCGGUUGAUGGAGCGUCGGCACAGUGCUGUUUCAUUUUAAGUUUUAUCUUUUUCGAAUAAACGAAGUGCAAUGUGAUCUUAGCUGAGCAAUAAAACCAAAUUCAAUGUGAA